GGAGAGGGUGAUGUGAAGUUAAAAUUUGAUGCUCUGAGGGCUUGUUGGCAUCUGGAGCUACCAACAGUUUACGGCUUCAGUGUGCGUGGAGGAACUCUAUUUACUAUCUGGAUAUAUAUGGAGGGUUUUCCAGCCAUGGUUUUACUGUUUGUAAUGUUGGGAGGCACUGCAGCCAGCGUCCCGCAGCCUAGACGCCACAAGAGGGACUGGCUCAUCCCAACAAAGAAACUUAAAGAGAACUUUGAAUACAGUAGAGGAACCUACAUUGCCAAGAUCAGGUCAGACAAGGAUGAAGAUGCUACCCUGUACUACACUCUGCUGGGUCCUGGGGCCAGUGAGCCACCAGUGAACCUGUUUGUUGUAGAGGAGACCAGUGGACUGGUGUAUAUCCGAGGAAAACUGGACCGAGAGGAGAGAGAAACGUACAUUCUGACAGGAGUGGCCAGAUUUAAUAACGGCAGUGGGGCUGAAUCCAGAAUAGACCUGAGGUUCGAUGUGGAGGAUGAAAACGACAAUCCACCUGUUUUCGUCCCUGUGCCUCCAGCUACAGUCAAAGAGUCCAGUCCAGCAUGGACUCUGGUCAGUAGGAUUACAGCUACUGAUGCAGACAAGGCCAACUGUUCCCAUUCAAAGAUCGCCUACAGCAUGGUGAAGCAGGAGCCAUCUGAUGGCACUGAUCUAUUCUUCAUAGACAGGCAAACUGGAUCCAUCUACCUUAAAAAAGAAAACAUGUUAGACAGAGAGACACAAAGCUCGUACAUCUUAACCAUUAAAGGAACUGAUAUGAAUGGAGCUCCUGGAGGCAACACAGGCACUGGUACUAUUCAAGUCAAAGUAGUGGACGUCAAUGAUAACAAACCCAUGCUGGAUAAAGAUGAGUAUUCAUGUAGCAUUGUGGAGAACACAGCGAAUGUGGAGGUCAUGAGGUUCAAAGUGCUGGAUGCCGAUGAGGAGAAAACUGACAACUGGCUGGCUGUUUUUGAUAUUGUUUCUGGAAAUGAACUCGGGACGUUCAGCAUAAAGACUGAUCCCAAAACCAACGAAGGCAUUCUGAUGCUUGAAAAGCCUGUUGAUUUUGAAGAAACUCCUGAUAUCAAACUGGGAGUGGUGGUAUCCAAUGUUGCCCCAUUUGUGGGGGAUGGAGGUGGUGCUGGUGCUGGGGGUGGUGCUGGUGCUGGUGCUGGG